ACGAGUCUCUAUCAAUUUGAUGAUAAGCCCGAAAGUUAUAGAGCCUGGAGGUCAUCAUUUGACAACGCUACUUCAAACAUUGGACUAACUGCUACUGAAAUGCUAGAUUUAUUGGUGAAGUGGCUCGGGCCAGAAUCCAAAAAGCACGUUUUAAGAAUACGCUCAGUACAUGCUAGUUAUCCCAAUGUUGCUUUAGAAAAGGCUUGGACACGCCUACAAGAAUGUUAUGCUGCACCUGAAGUGACAGAGAGGUCACUAUUCAAAAGACUUGAUGAUUUUCCUAAAAUAGCCGCAAAAGAUCACGCAAAACUGAGAGACUUGGGUGACUUACUCAUGGAGCUUGAAGGUGCUAAAGAAGAGGGCUAUUUGACAGGCUUGUCGUAUCUCGACACAGCGAGAGGCAUUGGGCCUAUAAUAGAAAAACUGCCUUAUGGGCUGCAAGACAAAUGGCUCUCAGUCGGCUCAAAAUUCAAAGAAGAAAAUGAAGGGCUCUUUCCUCCAUUUGAUUUUUUCACCCACUUCAUUGUUACCGAGGCACGCAGGCGAAACGACCCAAGUUUCAUGCUUAAUUAUGAGCCACCUACAAGGAAUUACAAAGCAAAAAUAUCCGUUCACAAAACAGAAGUAGCAACAGAAAUAAAAAUGCCGACGAAUUCACGCACAACCCACACAGAAAAGAAAAUUGACAUUUCAGAGAAGAAUUGCCCAAUUCACAACAAAGCGCACCCUUUAAAGAAGUGCAGAGCGUUCAGAGCAAAAACCAUUGAAGAGAGGAGAACCAUCUUGAAAGAAAAUGGAUUCUGCUUCAAAUGUGUCACCCCAAGCAGCCAUCUUGCAAAAGACUGUAAAGCUAAAGUAAAAUGUAUCGAGUGUGACAGCGACCGACAUGAUACUGCGAUGCACCUUGGACCGCCUCAGGUCACCACUUACACUAGGCCUGCUCCCCCAGCAAACGACGGCGGGGAGGAGGAAGAAACCACUACUGACGACGCGGUUAGCUCACAAUGCACCCAAGUGUGUGGCGCAGCGCAGACAGGCAGAUCCUGCUCUAAAAUCUGUCUAGUCCGAGUCUACCAUCAAGGUCAGCGCGAUAAAGCAGCAAGAAUGUACGCGAUUCUCGACGACCAAAGUAAUCGCUCACUAGUCCGUUCAGACUUUUUUGAAUUGUUUCAAAUAAAGAGCCAACGUUUUCCAUAUCGAUUGAGAACUUGUGCCGGGCCCGUCGAAACAUCUGGCCGCAAAGCUGAGGGUUUCCAAAUGGAAUCCCUUGAUGAAAAGAUUGUCCUCUCACUUCCACCUCUCAUCGAGUGCGACGAUAUAUUGAACGACCGCUCCGAAAUCCCCACUCCGAACGCAGCACGAGCCCAGCCUCAUCUCACAAAGAUCGCCCGAUACAUCCCAGAGCUUGACCACAAUGCAGAAAUUCUAAUGUUACUGGGCAGAGACAUACUUAGAGUUCACAAAGUCCGCCAGCAAAUUAAUGGACCGCACAACGCACCUUUUGCGCAGAAAUUAGAUUUGGGAUGGGUUCUAAUUGGGGAUGUAUGUCUGGGAAAUGCACACAAACCCGCUGUAAACGCAUACAAAACAAAUGUGUUGGAAAAUGGUCGUCCAUCAAUCUGCACACCCUGCAACAGUUCUCUGAGGCUGAAAGAGAAUGCAUGUCAAGGCGGGGAGCAACAAGCAUUAGAAGGUCUUCGACACAACGUCUUCAAUGAAACGAGCGUCGACAACAGAACCGGCCCUUCCAUGGAAGACACAAUCUUCUUGGAGCUGAUGGAAAAAGAAAUGUUCAAAGAUAAGUCGAAUCACUGGGUUGCACCCCUGCCAUUCAAGCUGCAACGUAAACUGCUCUCCAACAACCGUGAGUAUGCAUUGUCUCGUCUCAACUCGCUGCAAAAGACUUUAAAGAGAAAGCCAAAGGUGAGAGAUCAAUUUGUUGAAUUCAUGAACAAAAUCUUUCAAAACAAGCAUGCAGAAGUGGCCCCACCAUUGACAGAAAACGAAGAGUGUUGGUAUCUGCCCACCUUUGGUGUUUUUCAUCCACAGAAGCCCGAAAACAUACGCGUCGUGUUCGACUCCAGCGCAAAACAUUUAGGAACGUCACUCAACGACACACUCCUCAAAGGCCCCGAUCUCAACAACUCCCUUGUAGGAGUGUUGAUCCGCUUUCGAAAGGAACAAGUCGCUGUGCUUGCCGAUAUUCAGCAGAUGUUCCACUGCUUUCUUGUUCGUGCAGACCAUAGGAAUUAUCUCCGAUUUUUAUGGCAUAAGGACAAUGACACCUCAAAAGAAAUCAUCGACUACAGAAUGAGAGUGCACGUCUUCGGCAAUAGUCCUUCUCCAUCUGUAGCCAUCUACGGGCUCAGGAGAGCCAUACAGGAGAAUGCGCACAAAUAUGGAGCUGACACAGUCAGGUAUGUUGAACGUCAUUUUUAUGUUGACGAUGGCCUGAUCAGUGUUCCCACAGACAAUGAAGCUAUUAGUCUGCUACAAAGAACCCAAGCAUCCCUCGGUGAGUCUAAUUUGAGAUUGCACAAAUUCGCUUCAAAUUCUGACAAUGUCUUGCAAGCGUUCGCACCAGAAGAUCGUGCAGUCCUGAAAGACUUGGACUUAAGCGGGGAAACUAUGCCUGUUCAACGUAGUUUGGGCAUGCUUCAACAGCAUCUUCGAUCCUCUGGGCAUCCUCGCUCCGGUCACCAUUGAAGGUAAAAGCUUGUUGAGAGAAUUCUGUGUGGAUAAAUGUGAUUGGGACGAUCCUUUGCCAGAAGCAAAAUUGAAAGAAUGGGAGACAUGGAGAGAAUCCUUGGAUGAACUGAACAAGCUGCACAUUCCACGUGCAUACAGUCCGAACGC